AUGCAAUCACAACAAGGCCUACAACCAUCAGGAAUUCCUAUUAAUAUCAAGGCUAAAUAUAAAGAUAGUAUUCGGAGAUUCCAAGGUAUUAAUCUUACACUCGAUCAGUUAUUUCAAAUACUGAGUAUAAACUUUCAUGCGAGUAUUACUCGAGAAAAUUCGUUGAUUAAAUACAAGGAUGAUGAGGGAGAUUUGAUCACUACAACCAACGAGGAUGAAUGGAAAGAAGCCUUGCGCCACUUUUCUUCUCCUGUUUUGUAUCUUGAAAUUGCUGAAAAGAAGCAACCAUCAUCAAAACCCUCAUUGCCACAGCAAUCUACACAAGCAAGGCCUCUCGUACAACAUCAACAACAGCAACCACAACAACCAUUGGGCCUCCCUUUGGGAUUGCAACAACAACAGCCACCACGAUCAUCGACUCCAACCCAGCAAGUAGUGAGACCAACCUCUCCACAAAAGCAAACACCAACUCAACAAACUAACGUUCUUCCACAACAGCCGUUGCCAGUUCAAGCUCAACCUCAGCAACCAAUACAACAGCAAGUGGCUCAACAACCUCCUCAAAAUGUAGAACAAUCUUGGAAUUUUGCUGCGGUCAAUACCUCGGUAGACGCCUCUCAUUGGUCAAGUAAAUUCAUAAGAGAUAUAUCCUUUCCUGAUGGCUCGGAUGUUCCUAUGAAUCAACCAGUCACCAAGACUUGGCUCAUUAGAAACACUGGACAAAAUCAAUGGCCAGAAAAUGUUUGUUUGCUGUGUAAGGACGAGAACCCUUCUUAUGAAAUUCGUUAUUCUCAUGUUCCAAGAGCAUUGCCUGGUCAAGACGUUGAAGCUAGUGUCACCUUUGUUCCAAAGAAGCCGGGCCUGACUAAGGGCUAUUUCCGAUUGGCUUCUGGUAAGGAACAAUUUGGCCAUUUAUGCUGGUUUGAAUUGAAUGUUUUGCCUCAACAGCAAGUGCCACCACAAGUUCAACAACAACCACUAUUCCCAACACUGCCUCAGCAGCAAGUGCCACCGCAACAACAGCAACAACCAUUACCUCCACAAAGCUCCAAUGAUCUUUCGAUUGAGGGCAUCCAUGAUGUGAGUGACGAUGAAGACGAUAUGGAAGAAUCAACUUUUGAUCAAAGCAGAAUGCAAGCUCUCUACGAAAAGUACAGCCUUCAACUUGACAAUUUAAAACAAUUUGCAAUUCUCAAAGACAAUAACAAGGAUGAAUUGGUUGAAAUUUUGGAAGCUAACAAUGGAGAUUGGAUCAAAGCAAUGCAAGAAUAUGUCAUGAGAAGUUCUCAAAUCUAA